CCCGGAAGUGUAAAGCAACAUGGCGCUUCAGUGAAGAAGCUCUCAGUGAGUUUAUGUAAAAGGACACAUGCUGUGAUGGUUAUGCUGCUUCUCUCGCUGAGGCAUGUAGUCCGGUGCGGCUACAGGAACGCAGGGAAAGGAUUUCAACAGACCCACCCCACACCUUUGAGACAAUGGCUGUAUCAGAGAGGGCAGAACACAGCGGUGGGACAGACUGUAUCUGCACAGAGUUCCUCCAAAGCACUCCCCAGUGCAGCAUCAGAUCGGAUUGUGGGGCGCUGGCUGGUGGGCUGCAGUGGCCUCGUUUUGGGCGCGGUUGUUCUGGGAGGAGUAACCAGACUGACCGAGUCGGGCCUCUCCAUGGUGGACUGGCACUUGGUGAAAGAGAUGAAGCCGCCUCAGACACAGGCUGAGUGGGAGGCAGAGUUCUCUAAAUACCAACAGUUUCCUGAGUUUAAAAUAAUGAACCAUGACAUGACCCUUACUGAGUUUAAGUUCAUCUUCUACAUGGAGUGGGCGCACCGUAUGUGGGGAAGGCUAGUGGGGUUGGCUUACAUCUUGCCCACCAUGUAUUUCUGGAAGAAAGGUUACUUCAACCGGUCAAUGAAGGCUCGUGUGCUGGGCCUGUGUGGCUUCGUUUUCUUCCAGGGUUUGCUUGGUUGGUACAUGGUAAAGAGUGGACUGGAGGAGAAGCCAGAGUCGUAUGAUGUUCCUCGUGUCAGUCAAUACAGAUUGGCGUCUCAUCUCGGUUCAGCUCUUCUUCUGUACUGCGGUAGUCUUUGGACAGGUCUUACACUACUGCUUCCUGUGAACAGGCUUCCUGACACCAGAUAUAUUGUGCAGCUCAGGAGGUUCGCCAAGGGGACAGGGGUGUUGGUGUUUCUCACAGCUCUCUCAGGAGCCUUUGUCGCCGGCCUUGACGCUGGAUUAGUGUAUAACUCUUUCCCAAAAAUGGGUGAAUACUGGAUCCCGGAUGAUCUUCUCACCUUCUCCCCAACAGUGAAGAAUAUUUUUGAGAACCCCACCACCGUCCAGUUUGACCACCGCAUACUGGGCAUUAGCUCAUUAGCAGUCAUCACCGGCCUCUUCCUCUUCUCCAGACGCAUGCAGCUGCCCAGGAGGGCAAAGAUCGCAAUCAGCUGCUUGACUGCCAUGGCAUAUACACAGGUGGCUCUUGGCAUCAGCACUUUGCUUCUGUAUGUGCCCACUUCCCUGGCAGCCACACACCAAUCUGGAUCCGUCGCACUACUUACUUUUGCCAUUUGGGUCCUUGCAGAACUCCGCAAGGUGGCCAAGUAAUCCUUCACUUUCGGCCUCUGUUCAGAUCAAGACUGUAUAUCGAUACAAGUCACUGUGUUUGACAGGAAGUAAGUUCUGAGAUUGCUCAGAAGUAUUUCAUGACAUUUCAGAUGCAUUUAAGUCAAUGUGGUGAUGGAAUCUUUUAUCAUAAUGUAACUUAUCAGCUUGUUUAUUGAAAUGAAGAUAAUAAACGUUGUUUGCGAUCACGCGGCAGGUCAUACUCAACAUGAAUUACGUUGACUUCAUCAGAAUACCAGUGCCACCCUUAAGUCAGUCACACGAUUCUCAAAUAGCACAAAUAAAAUGGCUCUUAUUAUGCAGUGCAAAAGUUUGCAUACCCUUUCCUGAUAUAAAUGUUCUAUCAUCACACCCACAACCUCUUUCAUCUCCUCAGUUACUAUUCAGUCCACUGAAAGAAAAGCUUAAUUUAUUUAGAGCUUAUUUAUAUAUCUACAUGUCCUCCAGCUUUUUUAAGCAGAUUAAUUUUUCAGGCUUAUAGUACUCAAGUCUGACUCAUGCCCUGAUUUUAAGAACUCAUAACUUGACUUGGACUUGAGCACUAAUGACUCAGACUUGGACUCGUACAUUAAUUUUUAUACUAAUUUCGUGCAAGAGAAUGCACAUUCACCUGUUCAUACGUCAUGUUCAGGAACAAACUAACGUUAAUGGCGCUAAAAUGCCUGGAGAGAAGCCUCUAGGAUUGUCCGCUUUGCUUAUAGAGACUUCUCGUGCAGUGGGGAAAAAACGCACUGCUAUAUGUUCCAUAUGUAGAACUAUUGAGGAGACGAUGGGGACAACGUCGAACUUCAAUCGUCAUUUGGUAAGACUCCACCCAGAGAAGGAAGUGACACGCUAUGUUCAUUGUUCUGUUGAUGGUGAGGUUUGCUUGCUGACUGAUUAACUAGCUAGUGUUAACCCUCUCUCAUGUUAUUUGCCCUGUUGAUGGUGGGCGGGGCUUGCUGAGUGAUGAACUAGCUUUUUAUCUGUAGCCUAUUAACUAAAAUGGGGCAGUCAAGCAGUAACGUUAGGUGGGGUUUACAUUAGACCGUAUCAGCGGAUCAUCAGAUGAACGUUUUUAAAACGAUUCGCGUGCACACAGCAACGCCAAUACACGAUUCGCGUGCACACAGCAACGCCAAUACACGGAUACGCUCGGCUCCGCAGGCAUCCUGCGCUCCAAAUCACUCCACCCUGAACAGCGAGUGCCCUCUGGAGGGUGCGCACUCCGGCCCUGCGCAGCUCACAGAGCGCGCGAGUGAAGCGCACGAGCAGUGAUUCGGGACUGAGCCGCUGUGUGUGUGAUCCCAGCGCAUAUCGGGCAUGCGCGUCACUUACCACUUGCAAGUGGAAGGAUGGCAAGCCUAAAGACAAUCAUAACUACACAAUGGGCAGUAUUUGCAUCAGUAUUUGCAGUAUUUUCAUACUUUUAUACUCUUUAAUGAAAGGUGAUACAAGGCGGAAGUCCGUGCCGUUUUUCAGCAGUCGCGUCACAUGACCAACGCCAGCGAAUCAGGAAGGUGGAUGUCACAGUGACGUUGUCCAAUGACGACGCCAGCUAGAGCUCAGCGCAGCGUAUCCGCGUAUUCUCAAUGUUUACACAGCACCGGACCAGACACGAUCUGGAUUGAAUACGUGGACCCUGGCGGAUUCCCGUUUCCCGGCGUUUCCAGGCGGUUUAAUGUAAACGGACAGUGCAUCCGCGAAGAAAACGAGACAGAUACGGUCUAAUGUAAACUUGGCCUUAGUCCAAUACAGUAGCAGAGACGCUUUCACAUAAAGGCAGUAACAGCCACCGUCAAAUGGUGCAGAUGGGGUCUUGUUCUCUGACUCGACUCGAAAUUUUUUUUAAUGACUUGACUUGAACACUGGGGACUCGAGGUUUGGUGACUCGACUACAACACUGGAAUUGUUAAUAAUGAGCUACGUUUUCUCUUUUCCCAGUUGCAAAAUAUGCAGAGUUUGCCGGCUUUUGCCACCAUCUAUAAAUCAUACAAAUAAGUUGUUGGAUCUUAUUAAUCAGAAUAAUUUAGACUUGAGUGUGAUUUUGGUCACUCAUUGUAUUCUCUGAUUUGAAAUAGGAGCUGUGUUGUGUUUUUUGUUUUUUUUUAAAUGAGAAUGUAAAUAAAACUACUAUUCAUGUAUACCGUUUUUUUUUAAAUAUGCUCUUUACAUUUAAGUUGAAUGUUAAUCAUGCCCAGAAACAUCCACACACAAUUACUAUCGAUGAUGAUGAUAAUAAUAAUAAUGUACCAUAUCAGAGUUCACAUUAGUCAUGAAUUAAUCUUUAGUUUUUCCAGUUCUGUAUGUUUUGGCAAAAUGACACUAGCACUAUUGAAUUCUCGUUUCUGAUUGGUCAUAAGGUGUUGGUUAAUUUGAUUUUCUGUAACACAACUGUGCUUCUGUAAACUUUUUGUCACAGUUAGUUUUCUACCCCAGGAAACUCUCCAGGACAGAGGACUUUGCAGUUUCCAUUUUUUUGGUAACAUGACAGGAUGCCUUUUUUUUUUCUUUUUUUUUUUGUCUUAAAUAUUUAUAGUUACAAUUAAUUUAAACGAUUAAACACUUAAAAAGGA